GCCCCGACUCGACAGCUUUGGAAGCGCCCUCCACCUUUUUUUCCCUUUCAAACCUUGCGUGUACGUGUGUGUGUGUGCGUGGAUUUAUAGACUACCUACACAACAUAAUCUAAGAAAAGAAUAGGCGACGGAUCGCAGACGCAUGACAACAACAACGACGACGACGACGAAAAGACUCAAUGUCAGCAUAUACAAUUUAUAAAGAGCUGUUUCCACCACAGACGGUCGAACAUGUCAAAUACGGUCAAUUCACAACACCUGACGCGACGAAUCUCAUUGUAGCAAAAGCCUCGUUGUUGCAAAUUUACGAUUUUGUUGAAUACACGCCAACUGACACGAGUACGGAUUUUGAAAUCCAAGACGAGCAAGGUGAAAUUGAAUUAGACGAGAACGCCCAAGAUCGAUUCAAUGAAAAGGACGAGCAGGCACUCGCGUUUCCGAAACUCAAACCAUUAAAAAACGACUUGCUCGAAUCAAGUUCAGGAAGACUCGAGUUGGUCGCGCAAUACAAGCUCAAUGGAAACGUGGCUUCGAUGGGCAUUGUACGCACAGCAUCCCCUCGAGGCAAACAGGGUUGUGAUAGUCUGCUGCUUGCUUUCAAUGAUGCCAAGAUGUCAUUGCUCGAAUGGUCACCAUCAACCAAUUCCAUCGUCACUGUGUCGAUCCAUUAUUACGAACGAGAAGAAUAUAAGAAAGAAUUCUUGACGAAUCCUUAUCCACCGGACAUUCAUAUCGAUCCACAACAACGGUGUGCCGUCUUGAAUUUCUUUGGUGACAAACUGGCAGUGUUACCCUUUCGACAACCUGAUAAUCUCGAGAGCUCCUCAAACGAGAAAUUUCCGUAUUCUGCUAGUUUUGUAAUUGACCUUGAGUCUAUUGAUCGACGAAUCAAGAACGUUAUUGAUAUGGCAUUUCUGGGUGAUUACUAUGAACCGACAUUGGCUAUUUUGUUUCAGACCAAUCAAACGUGGACAGGACGUCUAGCCAAUACUAAGGACACAGUAUCAGUCGUUGUCAUUUCCCUCGAUUUAUCCAACAAGAUCUAUCCAAUAAUCUACUCACUCGAUCAUUUACCCUAUGACUGUCGACGACUCGUUGCCAUGCCCAAGCCCGUGAACGGAUUACUCGUACUCUCCGGCAAUUCAAUCUUGCACGUUUCGCAAGGCUCACCUGGCGUAGGCGUUGCAUUGAAUGGUUACACAAAGACAGUGACAGAAUUUCCUGGCAUGAUCUAUAACGACGAAACGAUCCAAUUAGAACUUGAAAUGGAUGGAGCCAUUGCAAUGCCAUUGAGCCAUGGACGGUGCUUACUGUUCUUGCAGAAUGGUGACUGGGUUGCCAUCAAGAUCAGACAAGACGGUAGCAAGGUUAUUGGUAUGGAUGUGUCCAAGAUUCCUUGGACUGAAACCGAUAUGCAGACGAUUAUUGCCAAGAGAAACAAUACUCCAUUGGCAUGUGUACCGACGUGUGUUGCAAAUAUCAAGGAUGAUGAAUAUUUCUUUUUGGGAAGCCGUGUGGGUGAUUCGCAAUUGAUUAAAUGGCGUUAUACGUCAGAUUCUGAAGCUGAGGAAUAUACCUUCCGAGUGUGCGAUACAUUAUUAAACUCGGGGCCUAUCGCUGACAUGGCGAUCGGUCAAACAGAUGAAUCAGAGGAACAACAUCAAAGCAAUGAUUUCAGUACUCUCCCAGAUCUUGAACUGGCCAGUUGCUCUGGCCACGGUAAAAACGGUGCCCUUUGCGUUUUACAGCGACAUAUUCGACCUAUCACGACCUUCCAAUUCAAUCAAAAUGAUUGCGAAGCUGUUUGGUCAGUCAAAUGCCGAAAGGAGCAAUAUUACGAAGGUGUCAAAGUGGGCGGCAACCUGCAUCAAGAAAUGGGAGCUACAGCCUGGGAUGCUACAGCAGAUUUUGGCACCGGCAACGUGUGGAGUACAGAUGGAUCUUUGGGCGAUACUUAUGAUAAGCUUCUCUUCAUUGGCAAGAAAAACAAUACCUUGGUGCUGGCUGCUGGUGAAGAAUUACGGGAAUUGCAAAACACGGAUUUCUACACUGCAGGACGAACUGUUCUAGUGAACACCCUUUUCGAUAAUACGCGUAUUGUACAGGUUCAUCGCAGCGGUGUACUCUUAUUAUCACCUGGUGGCAAACUUAUCCAAACUAUAAAUGUUAAAAACUCAAAGAUCGUUGAUGCCAGCAUACGGGACCCAUACAUUUUACUAAGAUUAAGCAACAAAAAUAUCAUGAUCCUCCGAGGAGACACAAACACAAAACAACUCUCAUCCAUGCCCAUCCCAGCUUCUAUCUCCGAAAAGAAGAUUGCACUUGCUAGUGUUUUCGCCGAUACCACAGGAUUGUUCGCACGUAUAACCGACAAGCAAGCAGAACUAGCAAAAACACAGCAACUACGUAAACCAUCGAGCGAACGAAAACGCAAAAUGGAGCAAGCCGAGUCCUUGCAAUCCAACAAAAAGCAAUAUUCGGGUCCUACAUCCACAACUACAACAACAACAAACGACCUCGAUUUUGACGAAAUUGAUCUCGACUUGUAUGGUGAACAAGACACGAUGAUGGAUAAGCAACAGGAACAAAAAAAAGAUUCGCCAAAGCAAUCUGAUGUUGUGGAAGAAGGUGAUGACAACAACAACGACGACGAUGACGACGAUGCGCUACUUUAUGGUAGCCAAAGUGAUACACAAAACAACCAAAACACAACCAUAGUGGAUACAGGGCUGGGUGAUAUUGAUGAAAUCAAUGUCAGUGUCAAGGGCACCUUGAGUGAAAUGACCCGCAUUACAUUCUGGUGCCUGGUGUAUGCCAUGGACGGCACGCUGCAACUAUUCAGUCUUCCCGAGUUUGAAGAGUGCUUUACGGCACCACUGUUCAACAUGUUAUCGCUACUGGUGACGGAUCGACGGACAAGUAACGAAUCAGAACCGAAUGCUUCUUCUUCUUCUACAACAACAACCAAUGGCACUGCAUCAGAAACAAAGACGGAUCCUGUAGCAGCUACGAUAGCAGAAGAAGAACACGUAGAUGCUGGUUUGAUCCAAGAAAUAUUAAUGACCAACAUUGGCAAAGAACGCAAAGAUCCGCAUUUGGUUGUACGAACGCGAGCCAACAAUAUUGUUAUCUAUAAAGCAUUUUCAUAUGUCCCUAUACCUGGAGAUACCAAUGAUCUGGAAAUAUCCGAUCGACACAACGAAAGCGUGGAGGGCAAGCGGUUAGCAAUACGGUUAUCCCGGGUACAUCACGAAUAUGUAUCGCGAGAAACAGAGCUUGUGGUCGACAAUCAACAAGAUCAAGCUAUGCUGUCAGCAAACGGAGAUGAUGAUGAUGAUGAUGAUGCUGGCGUCGAUGGCAAUGAGAGCGGAUCGAAUCAGAACGGUGGCCGCCUACAACAACAACGACGACGACUGCUGAUACCGUUUGAUGACGUAGCAGGGUAUACUGGUGUGUUUGUGGCGGGCUCGCAGCCGAUAUGGCUCAUGUGUUCAUGCAAAAGCUUUGUCCGUGUCCAUCCAAUGAGUAUACAAAACAAUGAAGAUAUCAUUGGCUUUACUCAAUUCCACAACGUCAACUGCCACCAUGGCUUCUUGACCAUCGACUCCAACUCUAAUUUACGGUUAUGUAAUCUCCCGACGGAUGGAAUUACAUACGAUAUGGACUGGGUGAUGCGCAAAGUACCGCUUGGACAGACUGUACACAAAAUUGAAUAUCAUCCGACAAUGCAUGUUUAUGCAGCCUUGGUGUCCGAGCCGAAGCCUACACGGUUACGGAACGACGAAGGCGCGUUUGUGGAUGGAAAGGAGGAUGAGGAGCGAGAGCCUGGUCAAUUUCUUCCUGUCAUGGACCAGUAUUCGUUGAUCAUGAUCUCUCCGGUCACAUGGGAAACUGUGGAUCGAGUCGAUUUCCAAGAAUAUGAGCAAGGGCUGUCAUUGCAUUGCUCGGUUCUUGAAUCCAAACAGACGAGUAGCGGUAAAAAGCAUUUCAUGGCAGUAGGAACGGGCUAUCUGCGCGGUGAAGAUACGGCUAUGCGAGGAUCUAUUUAUGUAUUUGACAUCAUUGAAGUGGUGCCCGAGCCAAACAAUCCACAAACGAAUCACAGGUACAAGCAUCUGCACACCGAAGACGUAAAGGGCGCAGUGACAGCCAUGUGCGACGUGAGCGGGCAUCUAGUGUCAUGCAUUGGCUCCAAAGUGAUUAUCUGGAGUUUUGAAGACAACGAAAGCCUGGUGGGUGUCGCCUUUAUCGACGUGCAAAUCUUUGUCACCAGCAUAUGCUCGAUCAAGAAUUUUAUUGUACUGGGAGACGCCCAAAAGUCGGUCUGGUUCUUGGGCUUCCAACUCGAGCCGGCCAAGCUGGUGCUGCUCGGCAAAGACUAUCAAUCGUUUGAAGUGUCGACGGCCAAUUUUAUUAUUGACGACAAGUCCAUGUAUCUGUUGAUUGGUGACACGGAUGACAAUUUCGACAUUUUCCAAUAUGCACCAUUCAACUUGCAGUCUUUUGCGGGCCAGAAGCUGAUGCGGCGUGGUGAUUUCCAUGUGGGUACACAAGUACGGUCGAUGGUGCGGUUACCACAAAUUAGCAGAACCAGCGACAAGUAUGAGUACGACAGACGACACUUUUGCUUAUGCGGCACAUUUGGUGGGAGCAUAUCUGUUGUGUCACCCAUACCCGAGAAAACAUUCAAACGACUCAACACGUUGUACGGCCAGCUGGUGAACGGACUGCAGCAUGUGGCAGGGCUGAAUCCGCGGGCAUUUAGGCUGAUCAAGGGCCACAAGCAGCGCAUGUCGUCAAACCGCACCAAGGCAGUGUUGGAUGGCGACCUCAUUUUUGAGUUUGCAGGACUGUCGGUGAACCAGCAACGCGAAAUGACCAAGCAGAUUGGUACGACGGUGGCAAGAAUCAUGGAGGAUUUGGUAGACAUUGAUAGCAGCAUCGACCACUUUUGAGUGGCACACACUACGGACAGGCAGUACUUGGUAGAAUAUUGAAAAAGGAAAUGUAAUAACUUGCUUUUGAGUUACACGCAAAUUUGCCCUUCUCUGAGUUAUGUGCGUUUGUGUAAUACUGUCCUGUAUUAUUUUUGGACUUGCUCUCUCUCUCGUCUGUCGUGCUAUAUGAGUACACAUAUAGAGAGAGUGAAAGUGUGCAAAACCUCCCCCAAAAAAAAAAGAACCUCCUCCUUCCCUUUCAACACUUUUUUUUUUCUUUUCCAUUGUUGACCACUUUCAACACAUUGCUGCCAUUCUUUAGCUCAAUUAUUGCAUGCUGGACGCAUAACACUCUUUCCUUUCCUUUUCGACACAACUUGUUUGACCGAAUCCAACGAAUCGACACCAUCCGACCUCAUUGACAGUGCCCAUUCUCAGCAUACGACAUACAUUCAUAGAGCAACAAAAGCCCAACCCACUCGUUUCACUACUAAUACCACAGAUACAUAUCUCU